UACGAGAAGUGCGCUCGCUCCUAGACUUUUCUUUGGUGGAAGAGGCAGACAGACAGGUGGGGGGCAGGGAACUCGCCGGCUUGUUACCACCUGUUCCUUCUCUCCUCGUAGGUCGCCAGUCCAAGCCUUAGCUCCCCCUUCCCCAGAUUCCUGACGCCUCUACCUCUGAUUCUCCCCUCCCCGGGUGCCAGCAACUGAAGCCCCUGCUAUUGGAGGGGGCCUUUAGGGCGUCUCCAAAGACCAUCCAGAGCAUUUGGAGAAAGAGAAAGUAGUCAUAGCAUCUAAGCUAAAUGAUGACAACCUUAAAGAACAAAGAAGAUGAGAAAACUGAAUUAGCCAAAAGGAGUCGUAAACACAGACGGAAGGGCCAACCAAGGAAAAUAGUGCAAGGCUACACCCAGAUCAGUGACCAGGAAGAAGCUGGGGGAGAGAAGACAAGCAAUUUCAGCCAGUGUAUAGCCUGGGUACAAUGCUCCUUUCCCAGCUGUGCAAAAUGGAGACGACUACUUGGGAACACUGAUCCCUCAGUCUUGCCAGAUGACUGGUCAUGCAGUCAAAAUACAGAUUUACAGUUUAACCAUUGUGACAUUCCUGAGGAAAGCUGGUCAGGGUGUGAGACCGAUGUGGUUUAUGCUUCCUACAUCCCAGGAUCCAUCAUCUGGGCCAAGCAAUAUGGUUACCCCUGGUGGCCUGGAAUGGUAGAAUCAGAUCCUGAUCUUGGGGAGUAUUUCCUCUUUGCUUCUCAACAAGAUGUCCUGCCUUCCAAAUACCAUGUGACAUUUUUUGGGGACACUGCUUCUCGAGCCUGGAUCCCUUCCAACAUGUUAAAGAACUUCCGGGAACUGUCCCUGGAACAGGUUGAACCGGUGAGGAGCUCACAGGAGUUAAGGAAAAGGAUCAGGAACAAAGACUGUAGCCAGAAGCUGAUGGCAGCCCUAGUGAUGGCCCAAGAUGCCCAGCGGAUCAGUAUUCAGGAUCGACUUAGCUUGUUUGGCUUCCACAUCCGCUAUAAGGAGGAUGCAGCAGAGUCUGGCAGCAGCGAAGAGGGAAGAGACUUAUUUUUCCAAGAGGCUAAAAAGCCCCAAAGAGCUGGAAACUCAAAUUCUUAUAUUUCAAAGGAAGAAAACAAGGAAUCCUGUUCAACUAAGUGCAAUUUAGGAUGUACCUCCAAGAAGAAACUUAAACUAAAAGGAGGUGGGGACAUGACAGAUGAGCAAGAUGAAACCCCUAAAAGGAAGAAAAAUAAGUUCCCUUCACAAGACAGUACCUCAGUGGAGGAAAAAGGAAGCAGUGGUAAUUCACAUCCUGACCAAUCAGGCCUUAACAAAAAAUUUACAGCUCCCCAAAGAAAGACCACAGUGACCAGAUUGCCUGGGAACAGAGGAAAAAGUGCUUUCCAAAACCAGUUCCCACCAACCCCGAGACAAGCUUUGCCUCUGGUGGAAGCAGGAAAAAAAAGUGAUCCCCAGUGGUCUCUGAUACUGAUGUCCAGGAACCCUCCCUCUGAGAAUAAGGGCUCCAAUGACCUGAACCUAGAACAGCUCAUGGAAGAAGUUAGAGAAGGGAUUAACCAAAAAGUAGAACAACAAAUUCCCAUAGCAGAGAAGGAUGAGAUCUCUUUGGUUCUAUCUGAAGAAUAAUUGUAUGUAACUUCAUUUUUCAUUCUUCCCUCCCUCCUCAGCACUUAACUCUUUUUCAGUGUAUUAUAAAGUUUAUAUUUGUUAAUAUUGUUUGUUUGAACACAAAUUUGAGCAAUAAUAAAGCAAGUUACUGAUUUAA